AUGGGUGCUGGAGGCGGUGGCGGAGGUCCGGAGGUUUGUGAGACACCAGCAGGGGUCCCCGUUACGACUGAGGCAUUGUCCUCUACAGAGACUUCCAUUGGUGUAACUCCCCUCGACAGGUGGAUGACAACAAGGCGCCAGGCUAUCGAAUACCUUUCAAAGACACGAUACGUCCAUCCACCAUAUACCUUGCACCGCGAGGCACGCCACUGGACACAGACUUCCGUGAUGAGCAGCGCCUCAGAAGCGUCGGAGAUCUCAAGUGUACCUCCAGCCUAUGCUCCAAAGGCAGAAAUGCCUGGGAUGCGCGGCCGACACGAAUCUGAGAUGUGCCUCCUGGAGACACUUCCAGAGGCAGCUCAACUGCCGGAAUUAUUGUCGCAACAAAGACGAUUUGCAGGGUCAGAUUCGGCCUUGGAUAGCAUAUCCAUCAAUCUCUUCGAACAGGUUCCUGACCUGGCCAUUUCUCGGUCACACUCGCUCGCCAGCCAGCCAGCCAGCCAGCCACCUCCGAUCCCAGACGUCCUACAUCCCAACGUCCUCUUCGACGGUAUCAUGUCUGCCCGAUCCACACACAGGAGAAGAGAGGGAAAAGAAAUGCAAACACCAACACACAAAGGGCCAAAGGGCGCCAAAAUCGGCCCAAGGUUGGGUAGCGAGGAGGAUGCAAGGGCUCAAGGGCGCAACGCGAAGCCGAGGGUAUCAAGGAGCAAGGACAGCUCCAGCCACCAGAAUGGAACCUCCACGGUCACAAAUGUCGAAUCACCGAUGGGAGUUGUUAUACCAGCUUCGGUACCGCAAAUUCGACCGAAACCGAAACCGAAAGAUUGGCACGAACAUUCGCAAAACGGGGUCUUUCAGCAAGCGAUAUACGCAAGCAGACGAAGAACUGGCAAUCUAUCUAUAUCCUAUGGCAAGAAGAUCCCAUGGCACGGAGAUCUGAUUGUAUGGUUGGUGGUCUCUCCAGGGCACGCGAGCUGGUCGGAAGUUCGUGUGGCGAUACAGGUCAGGGAUUUGCCACGAUGCGGCGUCGACUUCCACAUCUUCGUUCAGUCUCCUGGCACCCAGUCCCCGUCAGAACUCCGUCUCCACCAACUUAAAAAAUACCAAGUCAUCGUGCUCACAACUACAUCUCUGAAAGAUCAACUCACGAUUUCCGAUUAUUGCCACCAGAACGGCAUUUACCUGGUGAUUGCUGAUACGUUUGGUCUAUUCGGCUGCAUCUUCACCGACUUUGGGAAGGACUUCACAGUGGGCGACGUUACCGGAGAGAAUCCCAUCAGCAACAUCGUAGCGGAUACUGAUGAGACUGGUCUGUCUGCCGCCCCUUGGGUGCCUGGUAAAGUGGUCAAACCAGAGGAGAAUGCCUUCUACUUUACCGGGAGAACGGGAGGGAGUGUGUCAGAGGUCAUGAACUGCCGCAAGUUCAACUGGUCUCCGCAAACAUACUUCAAGUGCACGGACACCAAAUGUGCUGUCGGCUUCUACACCGCAGUGAGCUUUGAGCAGUUCAGAGCGUCACCGAAGCCGAGCACCUUUGCUGCUUUCCCCGAAGGCCUGGAAUCCCAAGGACCAAGUACAAUGAACGACUCUGCCAGCUUGGACAUGACUUGUUUUCAUUGA